UUACACGUUGCAAGCAGUGAGCAGAGAAUUUAAAUUUUCAAAUUCUGUGAUCCAAUUCAAACGAUGAAUGGCAAUAAUUUUUUUUUGUCGUGGCAGCACUGUUGUAUAUAGAAAAAUUAGCUACAAUAGAUGUGAGGUUUCAGUAUUGUAUUCGAAUAUGAGGUUUUUUUAUAUAAGUUAAAAUAUUCUUUUUUAAUAAAAUUUAUUAAUACACUAUUUUAUUUCAAAUUAAAUAUGGAACCGUUAGAUUUAAUUGCAGCAAAACUUGUGUUAGGAUACUUGAAAUCAGCAAAAUGUAUAACAGCACAUAGAGAGUUUCUUAGAACUUCGUCUAAUCUCAGACAUCUAGAUUCUACAAAAACUAAAUAUAUGCCAACUAGAUUCCUUGGCCAAACACUCGAGGAUAUUUUAGUAGAAUAUUUUCAAAUAUCUCAAAUUAUACAAGGGAGAUUAGAAGCUACCGAUUUCUAUAAUGAGAAUCAUUCAAAUUGCUCAUUACAAAAUCAGCUUCUGUAUUUACUCAAUAACAAAGUACCUUCAAGUAGGGCAUCCACACCUAUUGCCAGUACUCCAUAUGGGUCUUGUGAUAAUUGUACGAGUCCUAAUAAUAGUGAUUUGGAUGCAACACCUAUACACACACUUCCUGGAAAUGCAGAGAGUGAAGAAUCAUUCAAUACACACACAGGUUCAAAAAGAAAGUUGACUGGUAAAAAUGAAGAACAGCCUCUUUCCUCAUCUAAAAUCUCACCCAAUGAAAAAAAAAUCGCACCCACUGAAAAAUCCCGAACUGAAGUGUUUGACACUGAGGUUCUAGCACAGAAUUUGAUGGAAAAUAAAGAAUUUCAAGAAAAAAUUGCACAUACAAUUAAUAAAGUAGUUGAAAGGCAGUACAAAGAAAGAAAUCCGGAGGAACUUGAUAAAACAAUUAAAUCUGCUGUUGAAGAAGCGCAAGCUGAUCCCAUUUUUGAUGACUUAUUGCGCGAAAUAAUGGGAUCAUCAAAUAUGGUUGAAGCAAAUAAACAUUCAGAAGUUGCACAUACUACAAGUAACACAGGGAAUAAAAAAGAUACUACAGAUCUGGCUAAAUCGAAAUCAGCAAAUAAAAGUGAUCAAGCACAAGGAACUUCUAAUAAUAUUAAAGCCCCUCAUCACUAUUCAUCUGAUAAAGAGACUAUGUCCUUCGAUAACUCCUUCAAUAAUUAUAUUAUUUCAAAUAACUGCAGUCUCGCCUCUACAAACCCAUGUGUGCAAAAUCCAAUAUUCAUAAAUACAGUGUCUGGUUUACUGAUACCUUCUGUUUCCACAUCUGUUAACCCUACCAAACCUCUGAUAUUGCUCAAUAACCCUACCCCUGUUACUACUACAACAACUUUGACGGAACAAGAUAUUAUGCAGAUGCCAAUAAUUAUACAUGAAAAGGAUGAAAUGGUACCACUUGUUGUAGAAACUGGAAAACAGAAAAAAGGUCCUAAAAAGCCAAAGAUGAUAUUACCACAGCCUACAAUACAACUAGUACCAGAAGCAUCUACAGAUCUACAAAACUAUUUUAAAAAUUUUACACCCCCAGAGAAUCAAUCCAUUGAGGCAUUGGAUGUUGAGAAAACUUCUAGUGCAAUUCCAGAUGCUUCUACAUCUAAAAGAAAGACAGGUUUGAAGAAAGUACUUUACCCUAAAGCACCCAGGAAAUCCCCACGGCCGAAAAAAAGAAAUAUAACAACUACCGAAACUAAAAAAGUUGAUCCUGAUCCAACUGUCGGAAAUAAUAGUGAAUUUGAAGAAAAAAACCGCAGUACAGAGGAUGCCAUUGUUAUAAGUUCAAAAGAGAAAAUUAUUGUUACUCCUGCAUCUUCUGAUAAUAAUAAAAUGUCAACACCUAAAAGUACUUCACAUGUUCGUAACUUGAAUUUUUCUUCGCCUCCUAAAAACCAAAGAAAAUCUAAUGAAUCGAAUUUUGACAUAAAACAAAAUGAUCAAGCUGUGAAAACACUUUUUACAAAAGCCUGGGAUGCAGAUCUUAGAGCUGUAAUACCAAAUCAAGACAAUGAAGUUUCAGCCCAUAAGAAGCAACAGCUCUCAAGUGGAAAUAAAAAAUUAAGAAAAAAAAUUAAAAUAAAUUCAAAAGACGUGACUGAAAAAGAGGGGCGUUUAUUAGAGACUGCAAUAAAGACACCAAUAAAACAUGAUGACAAAAAUAGCGAAAAUAAAUCAGUUACAGAAUGUUUUGAAGACAAUAACCAGACUUUUAAGUCUCAAGUUAAAACCAUACUGUCUCCCUCUAAACUACACAAUACUAGUAAAAAUAUACUGGAAGCAAAAUCUGAUGAGAGAUGUCACUCAAAAACAUUUGUUACGCCAGAUAUGCUUAAAGAAAGUGUAGUUCCUUCUGUAACAACUAAAAGAAACAUUAUGCCUAUAUUAGAAACUCCAAUAAAGGUACAAUUACCAAAAACACCAGGAAUAUCUACUCCAUUAGAUGUAAACAUGAGUAAUAUAAGUACUACCACACCAUUCACCAAAAUGUUGGAAGCGAAUUUAGAUCUAAAAAGUAUAGAUAUAGAUUCAAUACCAACUCCAAAUUUACCAAUAACUCCCAACUUUGUUCCUUUUACACCAAGAGUUAAUGCAAAUUCACCAUAUUCAAGUAGACCUACUGAUUAUUCAACUAGUAGUUCUUAUUAUCAACCAUCAGAUAAUGAACAGAAUAAAAAUCUCGAAGCGCAUUUAAGAGAAAUCGAAAAAGCAUCUCCAGCUGCAGACACAACAGUCGAUGACCAUUUACAGCUUUUUAAUAAAAACGUUAUUGGAAAGAAAAACUUGAACCUUAUGAAGACAAAUAUGAAAAACGACGAUUCAUUUGAUAGUUCCAGUACUGAAGAAGGUUGUUCCUCAGAUGAAUAUAAUAAAGAAAGUAACGAUACUGUUAUAUUCCGAAAAAACAAGGAUAUGCUAAAAAGAACAUAUCCUUUAAGAAACAGAAGUAAAAACCUGGAACAAAUAAAAGCGCCAAAAAUUCCAAUAAAAAGCGAUAAAUCCACAAAAAUAUCAAACAAGGGAACAAAAACUGAAAAUAUUUCAAGUACGACAAAUAGUGUUGAAGAUAUUUCAAAAGUAUUACAGGAAAGCAAAUCGAGUGACAUUUAUAAACCAAUCGUGAAAGGAGUUUCAUCUUCACAAUUGACAGUUUUAAAAGAUCUCGAAAGUAAACGUCUACGAAUGGUAAAUUCUUUGAAACCACAAAUUGAAUCAAACAAAACUAAGAAACCUCAGAGUAGCAAAUUUAAAAUUAAACCAAUAGCAAAGGUAUAUACCACAAAAAAGAAUAAAAAGUCAGAAUCGCCCAAGAAAAAGAAAAGAGAAAGAGACAUUGAUAUUGUUUUAAAAGAUUUAAUAACAUCUGACGACUCUGAUACAAACAUAAUGUCUACUAAUAGCGACGAUGACGACAAAACUGAAAAAGCAGACAAAACUGCGUCUGAUGCUGAAGCGCAAAAUUUGAUACAAAAUUUAAAAGAAAGGGGGAUUCAUUUAGUUCAAAAUAAAAGCUCUAAAAAAAUUAAUGCUAAUCAUGAAUAUCAAAUAAAUACAAGUGGUACCCAGAUGGAGAUGUUAGAUCGAAAUUCUUUCGAUUUGGUUAACCUUGAAGAGUGUAUAGAAAUUUCACACAACGAAGAAGAAAAUGAAAGUAGGAAAAUGUCUGUUGCUGCUUCAAAAGACACAAAAAAAGUAGAAUACAUUGGACAGCUUUAUUUAGAAUCAAUUGGUGGAGAAGUAGAGAUACAUUUGAAACAAACAGAUUUCUAUAUAUUAAUUGACAUAGAACCCUCUGUUAAAAAUGAACUUCCAUCUCAAAAUCUGCAAGAUAGACCCAAUAAAACUGAAAAACAAGAAGCAAAAGAUGAAGAGAAAAAAAAGAGACGGAUAAGUGAUAAGGUAACAAACUUAAAAAAAAACAAAAAAGAAUCCAAGCUAUCAGAAAUUAAAUGUAAAUCUAAAAGUACUGCAUCAGAAAUUGAUUCCACAACUAACAAAAAAAGUAGUGAUGACAUCAAAUUAAAUGAGAAACAAUCAACUAAACAUGAAAAAGUACAGAUGAGUGAAUUAGAUACUAAAAGUAGUAAAAAAAAAUCCAAAGAGGAAUUAAUUGAAAAAGAAUUAUUGACAAGCAGUAAAUUGAAUAAAACACAAUCUAAAGACGUAAAAGUAAAGAAAGAAAAUCGUAUGUCAGAAUCCAAAUCGAAUAUUGUAAACAAACCCAAACAAUCAACAAAUAAUACAGAGGUAAAUGAAACCAAAUCACUCAUGAAGAAUUCAGAUAAUAAAAAAGAGGUAAUGAAAAAACAUGGCAAUGAAGCAAAACAAACAACAGAUAGAGUUUCGUCCGAUAAUAAAAGGACGAAACAGAAAUGUGAGGGGAAUGAAACGAAUGAUAAUAAAAAAGAUAACCCGUUAUCGGAAAGUAAAAUGGAAUUACCGAUCGAUGGAGGUACUUGUAACACAAGUGAAAAUGAAAAAAAUAAAUCUGAUCAUUUGACUAUAGAAAGUAAGGAGACCAAAAAUAUAUCCAGCAUGCAUUCAAAUUCAAAUGAAAGGAAUUGUAGUCUCGAAAAAGAUAUUGAAGAUGAACUUAUGAAUUUUGCUUCGACUGGUAAAGUUCAGGAAGAUGCUUUAUCUAAAAGUGUUUCCAAAAAACGAAGAACAUCAGAUGAAAUCCUGAUUGAACACUCCUGCAAAAAAAUGUUACGAACAUUAGACGUGGACUCAUUCCUGAACAAAAUACAUGCAGACACCUCGAUAGGAAGAAAAUAAAUUUAUUAUAUUUCAGUAUUUCUUUAUAUCGUGUUCAUACCUUUAAUAUGUACCUAUUCAAUCUUG